UUGGCGCACGAGAGCGAGAAAGUGGAGCCGGCCGGGCUGGAGGCGGCGGCGGCGGCGGCGGCGGCGGCGGCGGCGGGUGCUGCUGCUGCUGCUGCUGCCGGCCAGGCGGGCGAGCGGGGCGGCGCGGAGAGCAUGGCCGUGGCUUCCCCGCCGGGCAUCCCGGCCACGUCCAGCGGCGGCUGCAGCGGCGGCGGCACGGGCAGCGCGGCCGCCUGCAGCUCGGGGGGCUUGUUCCGCGCCGAGCCCCUCUACGCCUCCAGCCCGGCCGAGUCGCCGCGCCUGGCCGGCAGCCUCAUCCACGGCUUCGUCGCCAGCAGCACCGGCAGCGGCAGCGGCGGCGGCGGCCACCCGGGCGGCGGGACCGAGUGCAAGAUGGUGGAUUUGCACGGGGUGAAGGUGGCCUCGUUCGUGGUGGAGGGCCAGGAGCUGAUCUGCCUGCCGCAGGUCUUCGACCUCUUCCUCAAGCACCUGGUCGGCGGGCUGCACACCGUCUACACCAAGCUCAAGCGCCUCGACAUCGCGCCCGUGGUCUGCACCGUGGAGCAAGUGCGCAUCCUGCGCGGGCUGGGCGCCAUCCAGCCGGGCGUCAAUCGCUGCAAGCUCAUCACCAGGAAGGACUUCGAAACUUUGUACAACGACUGCACCAACGCCAGUUCACGACCAGGGAGACCCCCCAAGCGCUCUCUGGGGGUUGCGAUACAAGAGAACACGCGCCUUCUGCCCCACGGAGUGCCCGGCCUCUUAUCACCAGGACUUAUCUCCCCAACAGUGUUUUUCUUUCCAGAUAUAAGAACUUUGUUUUUCCUUGAUGAAACCCACAAAAAGUUUGCAGAGCUCAAGACUCUUCAAAUACAAGGUCUAACGGCGGCGGCCAUGGCUGAGGCGAUGAAGUUGCAGAAGAUGAAGCUGAUGGCCAUGAACAGCCUCCACGGAAGCGGGAGCCAGAAUGGGACCGAAUCCGAAAAUGAAGAGCUAAAUUCCAACGCAGGUGGAAGUGAAUCCUCAUGGGAUAAAGAGAAACUCCAAUCUCCCAUCACUACCGGGUCCCACCACGGAGUUAGCCAUGCAUCGCUGUCGGGGCAGCCCAGUCUGGGAACUGCUCAUCCACUCAGCCCUCUGCAGCAGAACCACCUGCUUACUAACAGGAUAGAUCUGCCCUUCAUGAUGAUGCCCCAUCCCCUCCUUCCGGUUGGCCUACCUCCUGCUUCCGUCGCAAUGGCUAUGAAUCAAAUGAACCAUCUCAAUACUAUAGCUAACAUGGCAGCUGCUGCUCAGAUGCACAGCCCCCUUUCGAGAGCCGGAGCCUCAGUCAUAAAGGAGAGGAUUCAGGACAGCCCUUCGCCUGCCCCAUCUGUGGAAGAGAGUCAAAGACCCGGGAGCCAUGCCUCUUCACAUCAGAGCAGUAGCGUUUCCAGUUCUCCGUCCCAGCUUGACAACACACCCGACAGAAUCGAAGAGGUCCAGAUUGCCAUCCCAAUCAUGAAACCAACCUUGGAAAAAGUCCAACUAGCUGGACAAGCUUUGCCGCCUGGCUUCCCUACGCCUUUUCUCUUUGCUGAUGGGCUGUCAUCGGUAGAAACUCUAUUAACCAAUAUACAGGGGUUGCUGAAAGUUGCUGUAGAUAACGCUCGCGUGCAGGAAAAACAGAUCCAGCAGGAGAAGAAAGAGUUAAAGAUGGAGCUGUGUCGGGAGAGAGAACUGAGAGAGAGCCUGGAAAGGCAACUCACAGCCGAGCUACAAAGCAGAGCAACAAUUCAAAAGCGCUUGAAGAAAGAAAAGAAAGCCAAGAGGAAAUUGCAGGAAGCCCUUGAGUUUGAAUCGAAGAGGCGGGAACAGGUGGAGCAGGCGCUUAAGCAGGCGACAUCGGGUGACGGUCUCAGGAUGCUAAAUGAUGCUGGAAUCCCAGAGAUGGAAGUAGAACACAAUGGAACCCAACAUGACAGUGCAGCAAUGCAAGAAAACAGAACAUACAUCAAACCUACCAUUAUGUACUGAAGACACUUAUUAUGAAUUGGGGGGGGGGGGAUAUAUAUAUAUAUAAAUAUAUAUGAAAUUCGAAGACUAUAUAAUUCAUGAAAGAAGUCCCUUCUAACCUUGGAUGCCUUCAGUGCUGUGUGAAGAACAGGAUUGGUAGCAUUGAAAACCUGGACAAUUUCAAGCAAUUCGCUGUUCCUGUCCCGAGAACUGCCGAAAUUUCGGAAUGCCAAAGCUUCUCGUAAGCUUUGCCAAACCAAAUCAAACCCUGUCGCGACAGAUCAUUUUAGGUCCCAGUGGAUAGAGGAAGAGGGAGAGAGAAUAAAAGUUUUAGUAUUUUUAAGCACACACAGGAAUGAUUUUCCCAAAAGAAAAACUAACAUUUUUGUUUCUUUGGUCAAGGAAUUAGCUAUGACACUAUAGCUAUGGCACAAUGAACGUUAAGGUUCUCAUGGGCUUGUUCAUACAACAUGCCCAGUUUUAUCACUGAAACUGUCCAAACAUGGAGCUGUUUCAAUUGUGUUUAUAAAUUUAAGCUUUGUUUACUGAAGCUGAAACUCAAUAUAUAUUACGUUUUGGAGAGAACAGUGUGUACAUUUUUUAACAUGAUGAUGUAAAAAAAAAAGUCCUUUCCAUUACUGACCAAUUCAAGAAUGUGAACGAGCGAAAAACCCUCCAAUUAGAUGAUCUAAGAAGGAGAUUAUCAAUUGAUGCUUUUUUAAAAAAAAAAAAUCUCAAUUCCGCUUGGCUUUUUUGGUCUUUUAAAAUAAGACGGAAAGGAGUGAAUAUACAGUAGAAUGUUAGAUAAUGGAAACUUUAAAGUAUAGUUUCUCUGUUGUACCAUAUUAAGUUAAAAGUACACAUUCUUUGUUAAAAUGUUCUUGCUAAAAACUACAGUAUUAAAAACAUUUUGUUUGACUUUGAAAA